GCCAACGCAACGACACGUACGUGACUUUGACUCAAGUUGACCACACACACACUGUGAUGGCGCCACUCAGAUCACUAGUUUUGCUCGUGGCGUACGCCGUACUCGUGGCGGCGGUGCUGCAAGCAUCGGAAACGAGAGUACAGGCAGCUACCUCCUCGCCUUCUUCACCGUUCACCGCCGGUGACCCGCCACAGCCCUCCCUCCCGGGCUCGCCGCCUCUACCAGGCUCGCCCGCGUUCCCGCCGUCGCCCGGCUUCCCGGGCAUGGCAGGCGCGCAGCCGUCUACGUCGCCUUCGCUGCACCCGGCCAGAACAUGCAUGGAGCCGCUGAUACUGGUGGAACCGUGCGCCAGCUACCUGACGAACUCCAGCGUGCGGGCGCCGCCCAGAGCGUGCUGCGAUGGCCUCAGGUCGCUCGUCGGCGGCGGCGACAGGAUUUGCCUGUGCCACGCCAUCAUGGGCGACCUGGGUAUAUUUGCAGGCGGGACGAUAGACCAGCUACGCAUGCUCGUGCUGCCUCUAACGUGCACCACGUUCAUACCGCCGGACCUUCUUCUGAUGUGCCUCGGCAAUUAACCCUGUCCCGCCGAUUCUGUAAGGCGCGGGGUGCUCCGGGCGGCAGCUGCUACUACUCCUACAUGCUAUCCCUUUUUCUUUUCUUUUUUCCCCUUGUGCUACAUACUCCACCGGUCACUGGGCACCACACCGGUCAUUGUUGUACUAGUUGGCAGCCCUGUUCGCAGACGUGUGGCCACACACUUAUCUUGUAACACAGCCGAUAUCGUUGAAUAAGAAAUAGAGAGAUAACCACUGUUUA